CUCUUUAAUUCAAACUGCGAGACCAAGAAAAAUACAAAACUUGAUCGCACCACGAAGCCUCAAAACUCUCUCCCCAUCCCACAUCUCCAUGCAUAUUAGAUCGAUGAAGGUGAAGUACCUAACAUAAAAGAGCCUUGGUAACAGAAAAAACACAUCAUGAGCUCCUGAACCACCUUCAUCGACCAGGAUCAUAAGUUUAAAACAUGGAGAUGCAGCGGAUGAGGGAGUUGCUGUUACUGUGGUCAUCAUUUGAAAGCGAGGGAAUGUCCCUUGUGGGUGGAAAUCACACUGCCGCCAGGUUUUGCACUCGCUAAAACAAUAUUCCACAACCCCUUUUCUCUCUCUUUUCUCUCUAAUUAUCUCUUCUUUUGUAUUCCUCUCUCUUUCUUCUUCUACAUAUAUAUAACAACUCUCUUUAAAAUUUCAACACUGUGGUCGUCAUCAUCGUCAUCUUCUUUGUGUUUCUUUCUCUUUUGAAUCCCCUACACUUGCUUUUGAAGCCACAAACCAACCAACUAUAUAUCUUGGUUACCUAAUUGAGAAAUGAGGAAGAUUUCUCACCGUGUGUUGCUUUUGGCAUUGUUUCUAGCUUCCUUUACCUUGAUAUCUUCGACCUCAACCCAACAACAAGAAACCAAACCCAACCCUGUUGCCAUCAACAUGGAAACAAAGGUUGGAACGCAAAGAAAACUAUUAGGGUACGUGCCAGAGGCAAAGAAAGCUGCAUUGCAAAACCUAGAAGACGUGCUUCUUGAGCCCCCACGUGCAGCUUCAGGGAAAUCAAGGGUGUACUUGAAGCGUACGAAAUACUUGCCUGAUUUGAUGGGUGAUUCUCUUGAGAGUUACCCUCGUCGCGUUUUCAUUGAUGUGGGCCUGCCAGAGAAGGAUGGAGGGAGUGCCACUGAUUGGUUUCGCAAGACAUACCCUACGAGGAACAAGGACUUUGAGAUGUAUAAGAUUGAGACAGUGGCGGAGGGUGGUCCACAAAUAGAGAUGUCGGAUUGGUUGAGGAACAAUGUGAGGGAGGAAGAGUAUGUGGUGAUGAAAUCUGAGACUGAGGUGGUGGAGGAGAUGAUGAGGAGUAAGGCCAUAAUGUUGGUGGAUGAGCUUUUCUUGGAGUGCAAGCCACAACAAGGGAAUAGGAAGAGGAAGAAUGGAAGGGCCUAUUGGGAGUGCUUGGCUUUGUAUGGGAAGUUGAGAGACGAAGGUGUAGCUGUGCAUCAAUGGUGGGGUUGAUUCAAGGUUUUAAAUUGUGGUCGUAGUUGGGGUUUCAUUGUGAUUCUUGAUGUUAUGAGAAAUUGCAAACAAAUAUGGUUGCGAUUUCAAUUGAUAUGAUUGUGGUGACCUAAAAACCUUGGUGUGGCGAUCGAAAUCGUGGAGAGAGAGUGGUGUAGAUGAAGAAGACAUGGAGUUGAGGGUGAAGAGUGUUAGAGAGAUUCAAGAGUGGAGGUGGCCCCUGAGGAGCAAAAAGCCAAGGAGUUUUAAUUUUCUCUAUUGUCCCUUUGAUUUCUUUUCUUUUCUUUUGUGGCGUGUUUUAAAAGUUUAAUCAUAUUUUUCAUGUGACUGCUUUGUGGAUGUUUAUGAAAUUUGUUGAUUGUGAAAAUAAUGACCACCAUGGUGUAACAGUUGAGGAAUGUGUUCACUGUUCAAUGAGGGGUGAAUUAUGGUCAAAGUUCAGAUUAUGGUGUGAUCAUUUAUAUUCUAUGACACGUAGAUGUUGAAGCUACGAAUAUGCAUCUGUUGUAUUUUAUCCCCCUUAUUUUGUUUUCAUUGAACUGGUUGCAAGCUAGGAAUUAAUUGUAUUUGAUAUAUUUAAGUGCUUCAUAUAAAGAAGUUAAUUUGUGUGUGAA